CUGGAUGGGCGGAGCUAGGUGGGAAACAGUGACGUCAGUAUUGCUUAGACCUGCAAGAUGGCGGAGAAGAUGGAACGAGUGAAAGGAGGACCAGAAGAAGAGGCAGAAAAAACAGUGAACACUAAGACUGUUUCUUCCAGCAAUGGAGGAGAAAGCUCAAGUCGCAACGCAGAGAAAAGGUCUGCAGAUAAGCCGUUGGAGGACUCCAGCCAGCCCUUGUCAAAAGUCUCCAAGAUUGGAUUUGCGAUCGGAGGGCAGACUACAAAGAAGGCACCUUCUAUAUCCAUCAAGCUUAGCACCAAUAAACCUAAGGAAACCGCUCCAGCAGUAGCCCCCAAAAAAAGUGCAGUGGCUGCGGUAUUCAACGAAGACGAGGAUAGUGAACCAGAGGAAAUGCCCCCAGAAGCAAGAAUGCGCAUGAAAAAUAUCGGAAGGGAUACACCGACAUCCGCCGGGCCAAAUUCGUUUAACAAAGGCAAGCACGGCUUUUCAGACAGCCAGAAGCUAUGGGAGCGGAAUUUGAAAUCUCAGCUGGAGCGGAUACCUGAUAAAUGAAUUGUCUGUGGAGAGGGUUUGUGUGUCAAUGAGGAAGUUUUCCUUUUUUAUGGAUGAAUACAUUUGCAGUUGUGUAUGUUUUUUUUGUUUGUUUUUUAAGAGAUGUGUGAGGAAUUUAAACAUUUGCUUCCACCAAACUCUGCAUAUUUUUUUUUAUUUUUUUUUUUUACUUUUAUUGUUAAUGUAGAAUUAAGUAUUUUUUUGUUGUCUACGUUUUUUUUUUUUUUUUUUUUUGUCACCUUGGCCGACAAGAAGUAAAAACGGAAAUCUCUUUAACAGGAAAAAAAAAAGCUGUGGCUUGUUAUUGCAGUCAUUAAGUAAACUUCGAUCAUAUGUUAUCUGCAAAGAUUAAAUAUAGAGAUGUUCAAUUAGAUGCCAUUAUUAUAUUCUGUUAUAUGCGUUUCAAGUCCGUGACCACGAUCAAGAUCAUACAUGCUUUCUGAUGCCAAACAAAAAGCCACUAUUUAAAGUUAAUGUCAAACACACGUUUGCUUAUCUUAUAUAGUUAUAUAUAAUUUUAACGCAUAUAUAUAAGUUAUAUAAAGUCCAUGUGUAUUGAGGCAUUACUGACUAAACAUUCUUUUUAGGACAUAUACUUGAAUUUCCUGUAAAAGAAGAAAAAUAGCAAAUAUUGUGAUCAAAAAUAACCAUGGAAAUAAAGCUUUCCCAAUCCUA